UUGGGCGGCGGACAGAUUCCGUUGACAUUGCUGAGGAGGAGGAGGUGGAGGAGGACCGCUGUUACCAAACCUGAAGGUUUUAUUGAAGGGAGCCGCAGUUUGGUGGCAGCCCGCUCCUCUCCUGUGAGUCCGGGACACGGCGGAGUCAUGUACCGGCGGCCGCUGCAGUCUGCCGUCAGAAACGUUAUUAACGUGACAGCGUCCAGAGCCGCCUACCGAAAGGCUUUAGAUCAAGAAGCCUGCUUUGCCAGAGCUUUAGUAGCUUUCCAGCUGGCCAGCGUCUCCUCUCCCUGUGUGACGCCAUGUCGGACUCUGCACAUCACCACACAGCUCUGUAAUGUGAAGGAGACGCCCCAGCACUCAGAGGAGGAGGUCGGGGCCUUCACAAAGCUCAUCGAGGCCAUGGGCUUCACAGGACCUCUCAAAUACAACAAAUGGAAAAUCAAGAUUGCUGCCUUGCGCAUGUACACAUGCUGCGUAGAGAGAAUCAAUUACGACGAGUUCUUUGACAAAUGCUCCCUCCCAGACACACUCAACUCUUGGUUCUUGGUAGCCCAGCUGCAUGUAUGGAUGUGUUUGGUGCGGAUGCGUCAGGAGGGCAGAGCAGGAAAGUACAUGUGCCGUUACAUUGUCCACUCCAUGUGGGAGGACGUAGAGCAGAGGAGCAAAAUCAUGGGGAUUGAUGCCAUCCAUAGAAAGGAAGCCAUGAAAUCCAUGACAGAGACUUUCUAUGCUGCAAUAUUUGGAUAUGAUGAGGGAAUCCUGUCUGAUGACUCUGUGCUGGCUGCAGCUCUGUGGAGAAUCUUCUUCAACCGUCAGUGUGAAGAUCCCAAACAGCUGGAGCUCAUGGUGGAAUACGUUCGCAAACAGAUGCAGUACAUCGACGCUCUGGACGGGGAGGACCUGCUGCUGACGGGGGAGGUGAAGUGGCGCCCUCUGGUGGAGGAGAACGCACAGAGCAUCCUGAAGGUGGUGACGCCCACGUACAACGAUGCCGGGCUGUGAGAUGAAGACACCGACUCCUGUUUCCUCUCAUCCACAGUCCUCUGAAGUCUUCCUGUCUCUGUUUGACUUUUUUUUUUUUUCUUUCCUUAUGAUCAUGUAACGUUUCCCCUCUCUCUUUACUCUCCCCUCCUUUCAUAUAAAUUUGACAUAAAGUCAGAUGCUGUAGCUUUCUCCUCCUCCUGAAUGAUUUGUCCAGUCUGUGAGGAGGAGCAGGACGAACACGAUAGACAGUCAGGGAUUAUUUUUCACCCUCAUUUCCACACACAUCCCCAUCAGUCAAUAAACCAACCAGUCCAGACGCUGGAAACACCUUCAUCCUCCUCCUCCAUCGUCAUCCUGUCGGUUUUGAGAGCCUCUGCUGAUCCCUCUCUGCAAACUUAGUCUGUAUUUAUAUUUCCCUCAUUUUUUUCCACAGAUGCCACUCUGUAUUUAUAAAGUAUUUUGUAUCUCUCCGUGUUUACACUUUCCUCCUGCAGAGGUUUUACCUCAGAUUCUGUCACUGCUCCUUCACUGUGCGUUAAAUAAAGUUUCACUCUAAACAGGUGAGGUUAGGUGACGUGGAAAUAAUGGUUCUGUUAAACAAAUGAAAGAGUUCACGGGUUAAUGGACCUUCUCUCUCUCUCUGUCAGAGGUCUGUGUCUCUCUGUCUGGCUCUCACGAUGCUCUCAGACCCAAACAGGAAGCUGAGUCCUCAAACACUCAGACGUCAUCAUUGUUCAAAACAAUGAGGGUUUUUUGUUUUUAAAAAGUGAAUUAAUAAAAUGUUCUCUGGAUGUAAAA